UGGUGAGAAACACUGCUUCGUCUCUAUGUUAAGUUUUAAUUUGCGAGAAAUGGAAGCUGUCAGGUUCUGCUUCGUCCCAAAAUGAACCAAGCAGAAACUUCAUAUCUUUCAGAUGGUUUUUGGUGCUUUGAAUUCUGGUCAAUGGCUGAGUAAAUCGGAGCAAAAUCAGAGUUUCCUCUCCUUGAAGGCUAUUGCUCUUGGCGGAUGCGCUGGAAUUCUAGCUUUUCCGCUGUGUAUUAAUGCGCUUCAGGGAGUGAUAUGGAAACCUCUUGGGUUGACAAGCAAUCUGAAAGCAGCGCCUUUUCUUGGUCUGUUUUCAUUUACUUUGGCCCAUGGAGUCGCUUCAUAUACAACCUUUUAUGCCGUCACAUCGCUGUCAGCUGAUUUGUCUCGCAAUACUGAACCCCGAGUUCAGUUCAAAAUUGCUCGUAGUUCUCACGUAUUGAAGACACAAUUGAGUGAAGAUGAUGUUAAGAUCAUAUGUGGCGCUUUGUUUUGCAACUUGUCUGUCUUUUUCGUCUGCGGAGGAAGGUUGAGCUCUCUCUUGCCGAGCCACUUGUUGUCGUUGGGAGCUUUUGCCAGGACUGGAAUGCCAUGCUCUGUUCGCAGUGCUUCCAAGGCUCAAAAACAGUCCAUUCAGAAGCUAGGUGCUCGUCACGGAUGUCACUCGUGCGGGUCCAAGCAGCUGCUGAAGCGCCUGAAAAACCGACUCAAGGCCACUUUCACCCCAUUCCUGCCUGUCGCCAAAUGCUUCAUCAGUGACCAUCAGCCUCCGAGUGGGGUGGUAAUGCAAUCUUGGUGGAACCGAUGCCAGCUUGUGUUCUUUCAGUCCAACAACUUCAAACAGCAACUCUAUCCGCAGUGCAAUAAAUGCUCACUCAAACAGGCUUCUCUGGUCAAAUUUCUAUCCCAUUCUUCGAUGCUAUCAAACAAAGGUGCUAAUUCAACCUUAAGUAAUUCAAGUAAAGCCUCACGGGCUAUUGUGGUUCAUACAAUGUUUAAUAUUAGAUCCAGUUUGCUCUGGAUUCCAUUUAUGUCUUUUAUUUUUCUUACCGAAAAUGAUAUUUUGUACUGUAAACUAGUAUGGGAGCGGUUUUUAAAUAGUGUAUUAUCAGCAUAACUA